AAAAAAAACACCCUCUAGAAACGGAGAUCAGGGAGGCGGUGCAUGCGUGGCCACUCAUUACAGUUUUUUAUUAUGUGACUGUCUUCCCAAUCGUCAACGUCAGAAGCUGAAGGGAAGGGGGCUUUUUCCGAUAGACUUAGCAGCGAAACGCAAGCCCCUCGCUACGAAAUCGAAAGGAGUAAAGUGUGGGCAAUUGGGAAGAGUUGCAGCUUCUCAUACUUCAUUCAGAUUUAUCUACCUGUGUGGACCUGCUGGGAGAGACAAUUUAUCCUAUCAGCGAGGCCGAGGGGAGCGAGGUCGACACUAAAGACGAUCGUGAGGAAUUUCACUUGAUGUGCGUUUUCACAAAAAACGGACUAACCUAGUGAUACAAAUGACGGGUGAGAACGAAAGGGCAGUUCGUGCUUUGAAAGAAAUCCUUCAGAAGCCAGGUAACCACGCCUGCGCAGACUGCGGGGCAGCUGACCCAGAAUGGGGCUCGUGUUCACUGGGAGUGUUCAUCUGUUUGGGUUGCUCCGGAAUUCACCGGAACCUUCCAGACCUUGGCAAGGUCAAGUCCCUCAGCCUAUCGCGUUGGGAGAACUCUGAGGUGCAGUUCAUGGCGGAGAAUGGGAACGAAGUGAUGAAAGCAAAGUAUGAGGCAGCAGUUCCUAUAUACUACUACAAGCCCAACCACAAGGACUGCCAGGUGCUAAGAGAGCAGUGGAUCAGAGCCAAGUAUGAACGCAAAGAGUUUGUGGACCCUGGGAAGAAGCUGACCUAUGAGGAAGGGGAGAGGGACGGUAUUCUGAUGAAGAGAGGCCGGGACAACGGGCAGUUCCUCAGCCGGAGGUUCGUUCUCAUGGAGCGGGAGGGCACGCUCAAGUACUUCACCAAGUACGACGCCAAGGAGCCCAAAGCGGUCAUUAAGGUGGACACCAUAAAUGCCAGCUUCCAGCCAGAAAAGAUUGGAAACCCAAACGGUCUUCAGAUCACCUACCUGAAGGACUACUCCACCCGCAACAUCUUCCUGUACCACGAGAGUGGCAAGGAAAUCGUGGACUGGUUCAACUCCAUCCGGGCCGUUCAGUUCCACUACCUGAAAGUGGCUUUCCCAGGGGCGACUGAUGUAGAGCUGAAACCAAAACUGACCAGGAACUUUUUGAAGGAGGGUUACAUGGAGAAGACAGGGCCUAGGCAAACGGAAGGCUUUAAGAAGCGAUGGUUCACCUUGGACCACCGGCGGCUCAUGUACUUCAAAGACCCAAUGGAUGCCUUUGCCAAGGGCGAGGUGUUCCUGGGCCACAGGGACCAUGGCUACAGCGUGGGUCCCGGCCUGCCCCAGGGCACCCACUGCAAUGGGGCGUGGCAGCACGGCAUCACCAUAGUGACGCCGGACCGCAGCUUCCUGUUCACCUGCGAGUCCGAGGGCGAGCAGCAGGAUUGGCUGAAUCACUUCAACGUCGUCAUCAGCACUACGAUGACCCCGCAGGAGUACUCCAUGGAGGCUCUGUUAAGGCACAAACACUGAUGGACAUGAACACUACAACAUUGUCUACACUUCUCCAGCACCGGUAAACCCUUCAGUAGCAAACUGGUCUUCCUCACUAGCCUUCGUCCCUGGCAGGCGAGAGACCGUCCAAUCACAGCAGCCUCUGACUCACAGCAGAAGAACACUACUCAGGCAACACAGGUUCUGGGUAGGUUGGAGAUUCUGAUUGAGCCUUGGCUACAUCUCCCAUGGUGCAUCAGUUUAUACAAACAUUUACAAACAGUUGAACCAUUCAAACUUGUUUUGUGGUUUUAUUGUCAGCCCCUUUGCUGAUUAAAGGAAAGGACAACUUUUGAAAUUAAAGUGCAGGGCAUAAUACCAAAUGUUACAAGAUUUUUUUUCAUCACAAGAGAGGGUGAUUAACUUUGAUAGCAGUAUGAGCCCCUCAGUCAGAAUGGAGCUGUGUGAGGGAGAGACCAUAACCAGCCAGUCCAGGCCCAGGCUAUUGAAACAUGGACACAGGGGGAAUAAUGUUUAAACAUGUAUGACAAUGCCUGUCAAAACGUAUACACUAAGUUUUUUGGUUUUAGUUUCUUUUGUUUUUAUAAUUGAUGUUCAUUGAAUGUUUUUGCAAGUCUCACUGAGCAUAUGGUGGUUUCUGUGCCAACCCAUAAAAAUCUGAUUUGGGUCUGUGUCAAACUUUUUCAGAACUUUCUGUUGAGGAUAAAACAAUGGUCAGACAGGAAUAUGUUUUCCCUGAUAACACUGACACCUGCUGGCAGAACUAGUGAUGAUGAUGAUGAUUAUGGUCAUGAUGAUUAUUAUUGUUGUUAUUAAUAUUUUAUACAUGAGUCAAUUAAAGAAUAUUAAAAAGAAACUGUCUUAUAUAGUAGUUUUAUGAUUCACAGGAACCUGCAUGCACUCUUAAACAAUGAUGAAACCUGGCUGAAUUUCAUAAGAACAUAAUACCUGAGAAUAAUCUUUGAUUGUAUUGUUAGUAAUAAAUCAAUAAAUUCAUACUUCUCCAA